AUGGCAGACCAAGAUAUGCACGAUCACGACCACAACUCCCUCACAGACGAACAAGCCGACGCAUUGAUUGGCGACGAUGAAAUCGACGAAACAUUCGAGCAAAAUGACGAAGACGCAGCUAUGGACUCUGGUGACGACGAAGGCGAGGACAUCGACUUGGACGGACCCAUAGAAGAAAUACAACUACAAAACGACAGCGUAGCACAUUUUGACGGGCACAAGGACAGCGUAUACUGUAUCGCACAACAUCCAUUACAUCCCGAGAUCGUUGCAACGGGAGGAGGGGACGAUAUGGCAUAUGUCUGGAACGCUACACCUGUUGAUGUACGGGAAGCACCACUCCUACCACAAAGCUACGAGUCGAACCCUCAGCCACGAGAAAGAAGAGGUCAGCCAAUGCUAGCUGAACUGGGUGACCAGGACGAGACGGUCAAUGCAAUAACCUUCACUCUACCUUUCGGAGACUUCGUAGCCACAGCCACCAUGGCAGGCAAACUCAACAUCUACCGCACACCAAGCUCAAGCUCAUCAUCAACACAACUCGCGCCCCUUGCCUCAGCAAAAGAAGUCGAAGAAAUCAACUGGCUUCUCCCAUGCCCACACAAGAGCUACCCCAACACAAUAGCCUUCGGCGCCUCCGACGGCAGCGUCUGGAUAUAUAGCAUCAAUUCCUCUGACCCCAGCUCCCCACUCACGAUCGUCCAGACAUUCUUCUUACAUCAAGCACCCUGUACAGCUGGCGCCUGGACACCGGAUGGAAAGCUACUCGCCACUGUUGCCGAAGACAGCAGUCUCUAUGUCUGGGACGUCCUUGGCGAGGCUGCGGCGGCUGGGGUCACGGAUCCGAACGGUGGGCAGGCUGUUGUGGGACUCACGGCGGAGGAUGAGAGAUUCAAGGUUGAUGGUGGGUUGUACAGUGCUGCUGUUUCACCUGGUGGCGGAAUCGUGGCUGUUGGUGGUGCUGAGGGGCAGAUCAGAGUUGUUGGCUUACCAAGACUUUCAGCUCCGGCAAAUAGCAUAGCUGGUGCGAAGGGUGCUGGUGCGAAAGUCAAGGCGGGAGGUGCGAAACAAGCUCCUGCAUCAGCGACGGCAUCAGCUGGACAGGCAGGACAGAUUUUGGCGAGUCUGCAGGCGCAGAGCGAUGGCGUCGAGACUCUGGACUUCUCACAACCACCUCUCACCCUGCUUGCAGCAGGCAGUGUGGACGGCUCGAUAGCGAUCUUCGACGCAGCACACAACUUCGCCGUACGGAGAAAUAUCAAAGAAGCGCAUGAGGAGGAGGCGGUGAUUAAGGUGGAGUUUGUGAAGACGCCGCUUGGCACACCUAACGAGAAGAAUUACCUAUUGACUUCUGUGGGUAAUGAUGGUGUGAUCCGAAGGUGGGAUGUAAGAGGUGGUACGUCAGCGGUUGGGUUGGGGCUUGUGCAAGAGUGGCGAGGUCACAGAGGUGGUGGUGAAGGUGGUGGGAUCCUGGGUUUCGUACAAGGUGGUGGUGGGAAGCAGAUCGUGACGGCGGGAGAUGAUGGCGUGGGACUUGUAUUUGCUGCACCUUGA